CAUCACUGUACCCUUGAUGCCACAUUUUGAGUGUCGAGGGACCACCUAGGGCACAUCCAAGCUUCACCAACCAGAGCGGGGACAACCCAAUUACGACACAACGACAUCAAAUUCAUCCGCAAACCCUCUCGUCCUCAUGGCUCAGAAGAAAAGGAAGGUCGAGCCGGUACCCAAGGGUUCAGUGCCUCCGCGGCCAGCUCAGCAAACACCAAACUGGCCUGCAUUCACUCCACUAAUUCCAGAGUCAGACCUGUCGCUGCACGAGGUACUUCCUGGGCAAAUCGUCACAAUACCCGGUUUUUUCACGGCGGCUCUUUGCAAGAGUUAUGUCUCGUUCUUGUCCUCUCUCCCCUUGACCACAACGCCUGGCAAGCCCAAGAAGGGCGAUGCAGUCCGUGUCAACGACCGUUUCCAGGUCGAUGACCCCGCUUUCGCUGAGAGGCUCUGGAGCGGAACGUCCUUGAAGAACCUGGUCACUGGCGUUGCAACUGGAGAGGGUCUUAAUCUUACCGAGAAUCAACGCAAAGAGCUUUGGGGCGGCGAGGUCAUCGGCCUCAACCCCAACAUUCGCAUCUAUCGAUACUCGAAGGGACAGUUCUUCGACCAGCACUAUGAUGACUUCAACAAUGUUACUGUUCCAGGCUCACCACCAAUUCCUGGACGUACCACAUGGACGCUCCUGCUGUAUCUUACGUCUCCUGCAACGGGGUGCAUCGGUGGCGAAACGGUGUUCUAUCCUGAUCCUCCGAAGAAGAAGAGCAGGGGGUCACAGCCAGAGCCCUUCGUCGUUGCACUCGACGUCGGUCUUGCACUCCUGCACAAGCAUGGAGCAGACUGCAUGCUUCACGAGGGUCGCGAAGUCCUUCAGGGCGAAAAAUGGGUCAUCAGAAGCGAUCUGUGUGUCAAACGCUGAAUUGCGCAGAGCAUUGGUCGUGAACUGGGCCAGCGUCAACAACCAUACCUGGCUACUUUCGAGCCCCUGUGGUAUUCAGUGUCCAGCAACACGCUGCACGGCCAUCGUUCUCCGUCAGCGGCUAGCGCGUCCUCGUUUACGCGAACUACGCGAAGCACCCCUGAAGAGGUCAUCACUUGAUCUUUUCUUCACCAUACGAUUCACUAUUCGACUUCAUGCAUCUGCAUCCAACUGCACCAACAGCAGCAUCCAGAUCAAAGAUUGCGCCAUCGCAUGAU